AUGGCUGUUGGCUCCAGGAAAAAGAUUGUUGUGGUGGGACUGGGGAUGGUCGGUAUUGCCUUCAUAGAAAAGCUCCUGAAACUUGACGCUCGCGCCCGCGAGUACGACAUAACCGUCAUCGGAGAGGAGCCACAUCUGGCCUACAACCGCGUGGGCCUGACGUCCUUUUUCGAACACCGCAAGGUCGAGCAGCUGUACCUGAACCCCCUGUCCUGGUACGAAGGCAACGUCGGCUCGGACAACGCCCUGGGAUGGCAUCUCAACAAGGCCGUAACAGACAUCAACAAGGACCGCAAGACCGUCACUUGCGCCGAUGGCACAGAAGUCCCCUACGACAUCCUGGUAUUAGCCACGGGGUCCAAUGCGCUGCUGCCCCAGUUUAUACCCGGCCACGACGCAAAUGGCGUCUUCGUCUAUCGGACCAUUGAAGACCUGGAGAAGCUCAUCGCCUUCUCCGCAACAAAAGAGGGCACCGACGGCGCGGUCAUCGGUGGAGGCCUGCUUGGCCUCGAGGCCGCAAAGGCAAUGCUCGAUCUGGAAAAGCUGAAGCAGGUCAGCGUCGUCGAGCGCAGCCGCUGGGUCCUGUCCCGCCAGGUCGACGAGGAGGCCGGCGCCAUGGUUUCGGAGCAGGUCCGCGACCUCGGCGUCAAUGUCAUGCUCAGCAAGCGCGUGGACAAGAUCGAGGUCGAUGACAACAACUUUGUCACCGGCAUCCGGUUUGAGGAUGACGUGCUCAUGCCCUGCAGCAUCGUCUGCUUUGCCAUCGGCGUCCGCCCACGCGACGAGCUGGCCCGCAAGGCAGGGAUUAAGUGCGCCGACCGCGGAGGCGGAAUCGUCGUGGACAACGAGAUGAGGACCAGCGAGGAGGACAUAUACGCCAUCGGGGAGUGCGCCUCGUGGCAGGGGCAGGCGUAUGGCUUGAUCGCCCCCGGGGUCGAGAUGGCCGAUGUGCUGAGCUUCAACCUGACCCAGGCAAAACAGCACACGCCAAGGGCGUUUAAGAGGCCUGACCUGAGCACCAAGCUGAAACUGCUGGGCGUGGAGGUCGCCAGCUUUGGCGACUAUUUCGCAGACGUUGAUGGGCCCCAGUCCCUGCCUCCAAAAGCGGCUGCGAAGCUUAAGAAACAGGCCAACGGCGAGGCAAAUGGCAAGACAAAAGAAGACGUUAAGCUCCUCACAAGUGGCCGUCCGCCACCACAAGUGAAGGCCCUUACAUACAAGGAUCCCUUCCAGCACGUGUACAAGAAAUAUAUCUUUACCAUGGACGGAAAAUAUCUCCUGGGUGGUAUCAUGAUCGGCGACACCAAGGACUACAUCAAGCUCCUACCAAUGGUCAAAGCCCAGAAGGAGCUCGAUAUUGCACCCUCAGAGCUCAUCCUCGGGGCCAAGAAAGGCGACGACGACGGAACAGACGACCUGGCCGACGACACUCAGAUCUGCUCAUGUCACAACGUGACAAAAGGCGACAUCGUCGAAAAAGUAAAAGACGGCACGUGCAAGUCAAUCGGGGAUGUCAAGUCAUGCACAAAGGCCGGAACAGGCUGCGGAGGCUGCAUGCCGCUGGUACAGUCCAUCUUCAACAAGACGAUGAUAGGCAUGGGCAACGAGGUCAAGAACAACGUCUGCCCGCACUUCAACUACAGCCGUGCGGACCUUUACAACAUCAUCAUGGUCAAGCGCCUCAAAACGUUCCCGCAGGUGAUGAAGGACUCGGGCAUCGACGCCGACAGCGUCGGGUGCGAGGUGUGCAAGCCCACGGUGGCUAGCAUCUUUGCCAGUCUGUGGAACAAGCACGUCAUGGACAAGCCUCACCACGGCCUGCAGGAGACCAACGACCGCUUCCUCGGCAACAUCCAGCGCAAUGGCACAUACAGUGUUGUCCCUCGGGUGUCGGCCGGAGAGAUCACGCCGGACAAGAUGAUCGUCAUGGGUGAGGUUGCGAAGAAGUAUGGUCUCUACACCAAGAUCACUGGCGGCCAGCGGAUAGACAUGUUUGGCGCCAAGAAGCAAGACUUGCUCGACAUCUGGAAGACGCUCGUUGACGCGGGAAUGGAGAGUGGUCACGCCUACGCCAAGUCCCUGCGGACGGUCAAGAGCUGCGUUGGUACGACGUGGUGCCGGUUCGGUAUCGGCGACAGUGUCGGCAUGGCGGUGCGGCUCGAGGAGCGCUACAAGAGUAUCAGGGCACCGCACAAGAUCAAGGGUGGUGUCAGCGGUUGUGUGCGUGAGUGUGCAGAGGCGCAGAGCAAGGACUUCGGACUCAUAGCAACAGAGAAAGGCUUCAACAUCUUUGUUGCAGGCAACGGCGGCGCAAAACCACGACAUUGCGACCUCCUCGCCAAGGAUGUCCCGCCGUCAGAGGUCAUCCCCAUACUAGACCGUUAUCUCAUGUUCUAUAUUCGCACCGCAGACAAAUUACAACGCACAGCCAGGUGGCUCGAGGGCCUCCCUGGCGGCAUCCAAUACCUCCGCGAGGUGAUCCUCGAGGACAAGCUGGGCAUCAACGAGUCCCUCGAGGCACAAAUGGCCGAGCUAGUGGACUCGUUCUUUGACGAGUGGGCAGAAGCCAUCAAGAACCCGGCGAUCGCCGCCAAGUUCAAGCAAUUCAACAACACCGAGGAGACAGUGGAGAACAUGGAGAUCGAGAACGACCGGGACCAGCCUCGGCCCGUGUACUGGGCCAAGGAGCCGGCCAGAGAAGACUUCAAGGGUCUCAAGGACAGAUGGUCGUCGACGACGUGGCAGCCAGUGUUGGGCGCGGCCCACUUUGACGGCGCCGACAGCCUGCCCAACGGCAUCUCGGCCAACAUCAAGCGCGGCGACACGCAGCUGGCCGUGUGGCGCAUCCGCGGCAAGUACUAUGCGACGCAGCAGAUGUGCCCGCACAAGCGGUCGUUCGUGCUGUCGGACGGUCUGGUCGGCGAGGAGAAGGCAGACGGGACCAAGGCGGCCGCCCCGUGGGUCUCGUGCCCGAACCACAAGCGCAACUUCGACCUCGCCGGGGGUGCGUGCAAGAACGACAGCGAGCUGUCCAUCGCGACGUUCGAGGUCGAGGAGCGCGACGACGGGCUCAUCUACCUGAAGCUGCCGCCCGUGGAGGAGCUCGACGCCGCGCUGGGCACGUCCAAGUGGAGGGUCAAGAAGGGCGAGGGCGAGAGCCAGUUCGUCGAGCUGGACAAGAAGAUCAACUUUGUGGGCACGAGGGCCAAGAGGCCCGGCGUGAAGCCCCACGUUGAGCUUCCCAUGAAGAAGCCGGUCGAGUUGAUGGCCGGUGGCUGUGGUGGUGCUGGGAUGGACUGGUAA